AUGGAGGUGGGUGCAGAAGGGAGUGCUGGUGGUUUGCUAUGCUUGUGGAAUCCACAGAAUUUCGAGCUUAAGGAAUGUUGCUGCUCCAGGAACUUCAUUCUUUUAUCAGGUUUGGCCCAUCAUUCUUUCAAUUGUUCUCUUAUUAAUGUUUAUGCACCUAAUGAUGUGCAAAAAAGAAGUAUACUUUGGAAGCUCCUAUCAACACUGAAAUCAUCUUUCCCAAGCCCUUGGUGCAUAGGAGGUGAUUUUAAUGAAAUCAGAUUUAUGAGCGAAAGAAGGGGUUGUUCUCGUAGGGGAAGAGGGAUGAAGGAUUUUAAUGAAUUGAUUGAUAAAUUGGAGUUGGUAGAUAUGCCAAUGCUGGGGAGGCAAUUUACUUGGUGUAAUGCGAUGGAUGGUGAUAGGUGGAGUAGAAUUGAUAGAUUUUUAAUUGAUCCUAGGUGGCUGGAAGAGUUCAAGCUCAAACAGUGGGGACUACCUAGGAGUAUCUCUGAUCACUGCCCAAUUCUCCUUAUGGAGGAUGAGAGGGAUUGGGGUCCAAAACCAUUCCGGUUUAUUAAUGCAUGGUGUCUGCACCCAAAAUUUAAAACAGAAGUGAAAAACUGUUGGGAAGCAUUCCAGGUUAGUGGUUGGGCAAGCUUCAGGCUUUUGAAAAAGUUAGGAAAUCUGAAAUCCCAUCUGAAGAGGUGGAACUGUGAAGUCUUUGGUAACAUUGAGGAGAAGUUGAAAAAAGCAGAGGACGAAUUGCACGAAUGGGAUUUAAUAGCUGAAGGUAGGAAUCUACAGGAUGCUGAGAUUAAACGAAGGGCUCCAGAAAUCUAG